GAACACAAAUGAAAAUGGUGUCCUUGACAAAGGUUCUGAAUACAGCGAUGGCUGCGGUGAAAACAACGACUGUAUGACUAUGUUAUCAUUACAAGUAGCUAUGUUGAUGAUUAUGAAACCUUUACCCAAGUUUUGCACUGAUUAUCUUUUACCGUAAGUACCAGAAAUACAUUUAUGCAAAAUGUUACAUUAUUAAUUGUUGAAUUCAGAACAAUAUUAAAGCCGACAUAAUUAUUUUAAACAUUGUUAAGGUAAAUGUAAACACAAGGUGACAGCAUUCUGGCCUAAAAUAUGUUAUUUUGAAAUUACACUAAAAUGAAUCGCUCACUUUUCUGCAGAGAAAAGUAAAGUUAGCCGGCGAGGAUCUGAAACGUCGUGUAAGGCUCUGCGUAGGAGAGAGAAUGAAUCAUCAGUUCAAGGUUCAACUGAUCAUGUGAAUUGCAGGCGCAUGAAACAUACUAGCAUAUAGUUAUUCUGGCCACUCUCGCACACUAAAAAGAUUUUUGGAUCAUGAGACAGACAUGCUUUGUGAAAACUAGCGCCUCCCCUGUAGCCACCUCCCUAUUAACGUUGCAUCAUAUGCAUGGCCAAUAGCGACCAUGAACGUGUAGAAUGCGACGGCGACGGUAAACAAGCUCAUUGAACCAAGUGAUUACAUAAGAAAACUUGACGUUUAUUAUCCAUUGUGUGAAAAAUAAUACAUUUUUAAAAGGAUCAACGUCAACACAGUGUUUAUGAUUGAGAAAAGUUCUAGGAUCCAAUUCAAAGUAGCAGUUCUCCCGGCUUUGAAAUGCAAGCGUUGUAUACAAGGCAUAAUGUCUGGGCUGGAGGUUACCUUUACUUAGGUUUACCCCAACCUUACCUUAUCUUACCUUACCUUACCUAUACCUUACCUUACCUAUACCUAUACCUUACCUUACCUUACCUUACCUUACCUUACCUAUACCUUACCUUACCUUACCUAUACCUUACCUUACCUUACCUUACCUAUACCUUACCUAUACCUUACCUUACCUUACCUUACCUUACCUUACCUUACCUUACCUUACCUAUACCUUACCUUACCUUGCCUUGCCUUGCCUUGCCUUGCCUUGCCUUGCCUUGCCUUACCUAUACCUUACCUAUACCUUACCUAUACCUUACCUUACCUUACCUUACCUUACCUUACCUUACCUAUACCUAUACCUUACCUUACCUUACCUUGCCUUGCCUUGCCUUACCUAAUUUAGCCUAACCUUAUUUUACCUUGCCUUGCCUUGCCUUGCUUUAUCUUACCUUAUGUCAUAUUAUUUAGAAUCCUUGAGCGAUUUUGGCACAGGUAUAUAAAACGAGGAUGCUGUUGGUGCUGCAAGGAUCGAAAAGUUCAUAGCUCAUUUGAAAUCUCAGUUGAAGAAGUUAUUCAAAGCGAGUUAGAAAAACCUGAACUUGGAGAUUUUACAAUAUCUGAAUAUAAUGAAAAAGGCAAGUUAUUAGUUAUCAUUGUGAGGUAUACAACUAAAAUGGACUCUAACUUGGACUGUACCUCGCACUGUUUUAUAGUUUAAUGCAUUGUGAAAGAUUUAAAGACUUUUCAAUACAGCAAAAUUAGGUUUUUCAAGUGUUGAUAUUUGUUCCAGUCGAUUUCAAACUUCAGAAAACGUUACAAAGCCAGGAGAACUUGUAAUGGUGAUACACGAAACAUGUAAAAUGACCUGUAAAUUUUGUUUUCGCACAUUUACCAGGCUUUUUGUUUAUUUUUUAGUUAUACAGUAUGGAUUUUUAAUGGUAUGUUGAGCACUAUCAAAGUUAAAUUUUAUUCCUCUGCUCAUCCGUGUGUUUAAAAUUUACAUAAUUGUAAUUUACCUUGUUUCUGUUCGUUUGUUUAAUUACGUAUCUUUUAAUUUUAUAUUUGAAUUUGUUCUUAUCUUUCUUCUUCUGGGCUAGCUCGAAUAUCAUUGGCUAGUUUCCUCCAAUCUUCACGGUCGUCCAUGGUAGUUUUCAACUAUUCAGUGGUUAGUUCAGUGUCUUUCUUCAACUGAACAACAAACGUAAUUGCUGGUCUUCCCCUCUUCCUAAUUUCUUGCCCUGGCUGCCACAGUAAUACUUGACUUGCCUUUCCACUUUUCUCCUCCACAUGUGCCCAAUAAACUUUAUUGUGAUAUUGUGAUGCUGCUAAGGUCCAGCUAAUUUGUGUUCUUUCCAUGAAACAUCGAGUAGGCUACCACUGUUAGCAUUCGCGUAUACCUGCGAUCCAGUCGGUGAUUCAUUUGGUUUGUAAGGGUGGAUUUAUAAAGUAUGAUUAUAUGUUUAAAGGACGUCUUUGAUCGGCAUCUAGUUGAUAUCAGAGCGUUCAUAAGAUAGGGCGGUGAAAGGAGCCGUGUGCUUUGAAGUAUAUGUGUGAAUGUGAUGUUUUCCUGCAAUUUAUAUAAUGUCUCCCGAGUUAUUUUCCUUGUACGUCGUGUUUGAUCACACAUUGCAAAGAAAGUUUAAAAAACUGAUACUUAUACCUAAUAAUGGAGUAGCUGCCCCGGGGUUUUUGCUAAGUUCUGGUGACAGUAUAAGUUAUUAAAAAAUAUCAGUAGGCCUACACAUCGAAAGCAGGUUGGAACUGCUGAAGAAGCCGUGAUGAAGAAUACGCAAGCUUGCUUGCAGGCAAUCUACAGUUUUUCAUUAUAUUUUGGUUUAUGGUCAGGAAUGGUCGUACCAAUAAAAAGAACAAGUAUUAUUCUGUCAAAUAUCAAAGUGCCACAAAACGCUUUUAAGCGAGCCUUGGAGUGCGCGCGAGUCAAGUUUAAUGAAAUUUUUAUGCACAUGCAUUGCAAAGUUCAAAACAUUUUGCCAUGAAAGUUGAGAGGAAUAAAGAUUAAUACUUUCUGAGUUAUGAAAUAAGUGAAACGUUUCAACAAGAGAAGAAUAUGAGAGAAGUCAGAGUGAUGGUCGGCUUCAAUGUAGAAAAUUUUCGUUGCUUAGCUUAUAAGAAUGCCUCAAACCACGUUGUAUCUACAAUUAAAGGCAUGAAUAACAAAAUACAGAAAUAUACCUACCAUCGAGUAAUUUCAACAUAAUAAGAAAUUUUAAUCAGCCUCCUUCAGGUUCAUUGUUUUGAUGAAAUUCACAGCUGGACGCGCUAGCCCCAGGCCUGAAGCGCAUCACACAUGUUUCAGUUCGUUCUAUUACCGUUUCACCACCCUAUCUUAUACACCCCUUGAUUAUGUCGAAACAUCUUUCGUUCCAUAUAAUAUAUUACACUAUACUUUUACAUUUAAUGAAUUUAUUCUCAUUAUGUUUUUGUCCAGCUCUUUGCCGCAGCAUUUCCCCUGGCUCCCUUGAUUGCCCUAGUCACCAAUAUGUUUGACUUGAGAUUGGAUGCUAAGAGACUACUCUGGACAAACAGACGUCCUGUGGCGUAUAGAGCUGAGGAUAUUGGUAAGAAAAACAUCUAGUUAUAAAAGAUUGUGGUCUACAAUCCUUGGGGUAAUUCUUAAUAUCCAGUAUCUGUCCAGUGGGCUCCAUAUAUAGCCGGAGCGAGAACUUGAGUCCAAAAAGUGUCGCGAAGAUGGCGGAAAUUGAAGAGCUAUUGGACGUCAGUUCCAGUCCUUUUCUAUUGUUUUUGUCUGCACGGUUAACACGAAGCUGGCAAGGAAUGUACCGAAAUUUCGUAUUUUGACAUUGAUUUAAAGAAUAAUACUAUGGUUUUAUGAACUGAUAACUUGUUUUAGCGAUACGGUCGUUAAAAAAUGGAAUUAAAACUGUUUACGACCGUCAAUUUCCGCCAUCUUAGCUUCACUUUUCUCAUAGACCGAAUGACUGAAGUUCUUGCUCCAGAUAUAUAGAGCUCACUGUAACUGCCAUAGUAUAUCAACUGCUGACGUGAUCAACGUGCAAUAAUUCCAUUUUUGGACCGAACUUAGUUCCAAAAAAAUAUUAUUGCACGCUGUAUAGCCCUAGUCCCCAGCGCGGUUGGUAGCUUGUAUAUAAAUCCCGUAAAAUUUUAAAAUAACAAAAUGGCUUGUAGUGAUUCCUUCUUUACAGAAAAAAGGAACUGUGCAAAUUAUUGUCAGCAAAAGACAGUGACAGCACCGAAAUUGUUACACAAUAAUGCAGAGCUAUCUUCGACUGAUAUUUGUUCUUUUUUCUUUAAAUAAUAUUCUUGUUUCUUCUUUUCCACCGGCCGACAGUCUUGGAUUUCUUGUUGGUUCGUUUGAAUGUACAAUAAAAUAUCUUUAUUGCUAAACUUGUCAGAAUUAAAAAACCAAGACUGACCGGUGAUGAUUCGGUCAUACUGUAGUUACUUUGAAGUUGCCCUUUGCCCAAAUUUGAAUCACAUGGAAGCAAUCUAAAUUUUAAGCUUAAAUUUCCAUAUGUUUUCCAGGCAUGUGGUAUUCAAUUUUGGAAUUUUUAAAUGUCGUUGGCGUUGUGACCAAUUCAUUCCUAGUGGCAUUUACAUCACAAUAUGGUCGGCAUUGGGAAGGUGAUUCGACAUAUAUCUCAGUUAGCCAAGAGAUGCAUAACUCCACCACAAAUGCAACUGUUCUUCUUCAAACCAUCACCGAGCAAUCUCCAAGUAGAAACAGACUGUGGUUGAUAAUUGGGUUUGAGGUAAACUACGUUUAAUUCCAUUAACCUACAGUACAUAAAAAAUACUUAAUUCUGAUUGACUGACAGUAGUGCAAAUUUUGUAACAGAGUGCAAAAAAUGAAAUUCAUCUUAUCUUAUUCGUUGAUUGUUUCAUCCAAUUGCACUUGGAUAUACAUGCAGCCAAAAAAGAAAAUCAGUAUUAAAAAAAGAAAUUCAGUGCCAAAAAGGAAAUACGUGGCAAGCAUCUAUAAAACAAAAGAAAUUUUGAAUAAAGUUUUUACAGUUGAGAACCUGUAUUAAGUUGUUAGCCAUUGAAAUGAGUGAGUAAAUAAUUUAUUUCGUAGGUGUUUCAAGUGACCAUGAAUUUGCUUCUAUAAUUUUUAUCAUUUAUAGACCUGGACGGCUGGAGCGAGGGGGAUUCGGCGAAAUAUUACCCGAAGUGAUAUUUCCCGAGGGGCUUUGCCCCGAGGGAAAUAUCAUCACUGAGGGUAAUAUUUCGCCGAAUCCCCCGAGCGGAGGGUCUAUAAAUGAUAUAUUAUACCGAAAAUUAAAAGCCUCCAAGUUGAAAAUUAAAAACUUGACACAUACCUUCGUGAAUACGAUGUUUUAUUUUCGGAUUAACGCAAGUAUCGUAGCUUUUCUUUCGAAUCACAUAUCGUUUGGAAUAUUAAUGACAAAGCCCCAGGUUUUAGGUUUGAAAAAGCUCCAGGUUUUAGGUUUAAAAUUGAAUUAUUCAUCACUCAUUAAUACUAUUUAAUAUGUUUUGUCGGCCAUCUUGUUGUCAUGCGUGUUGUCCCGCGUGGUCUACGCGAAUAAUGUUCCACCCCAUGUUCCCCGGGGAACAUGGGGUGGAACAUUGUCAAAAGAAACGCAGGCUCGCUAAUUGAUGACGUAAGGCGUGAUAUCGCGAUUAAUUUCAUGCUCACGUGGCACAAACUAAGCUUCCUGAUUGGACAAUUUGAAUUUGAGGUAUAAUAUUUUCAUGUAUAUACUGUAUUAUUAAUAAAUAAUAGUAUGGCUUCUCAUGCAAGUUGCAAAAACAUACACUCGUGAGUUUUUCAAUGACUGACAAUUUUGACGCCUUUGAGAAACUCACUAGCUCGUGCAUGCCCCUCUCCCUCCAAAUUGCACUCAAAACCAUACUAAAUGACAAACUGUAUAAACGAUAAAAAUAUUUUCAAAAUUCCAGUGUUUUUUGCCAUACAGGCGAAGAAUUUAUUAACGGCCAUAUUCCACUUUCAGCACAUCGUAUUUGCAGUGAAAUUUCUCAUCGCGCUGGUUAUUCCUGACGUUCCAUCUCAUGUGAGAAUAGCAGAGAGGCGGGUAUGUAAAAAUGAUCAAAAUUUGAAAGAGAGGAGUGUCUGCCCACAACCAACUGGAGGUUCUUGUUGUUUGUUGCGUGUACACCCCCAAAGAAAAGUUAAGGAAGGAGGCCAAUUUCCCCAGAGGGCCCCCCAAAAAUGCUGAAAUUGCGGAACGUGUUAAAUUUUAAGGAAUAUUCUGAGAAAUUGAGCUGAAAAAUUUUGGAAAACGUAUUUUUAACACCCCCACCCCCGGGUCCAAAAAAGGUUCGGGAAAACAUUUUUGGGAAAUUUUACUUUUACAGGAAAACGAUGACCUGCCCUGCCCCCAAAUGUUUGAGUUCACCCCCAACGACAUAUCGCUUGGUACGUCCCUGCGUUCAAUAUAAAUUUCCCGUUACAACACUGUUCUAGUUAUUAUUAAGUUAGGAGUGGGGUUAGAGUUAGGCCCAGAGUUCGGACAAGUUUUAGGAUUAGGAUUUUAUGGAUUGAGGUACAAUAAUUCCCUGCAUUUCAAUUGUAUUUGUUAAUAUUGGAAAAUGACCCUUCCUCGUCAUUCUUAGGAAAAAUACCACGUUGAUCAGUUGCUGGAAAAAGCUGGAGUGAGCACAGGGCCACAGAAGAAGCCUUCGCAAACAACUGAUCGAAAAGAUAUGGAAGUACAAACUGAGCCUAAUACCGCCUAUCCAGUAAUUUCAAUGUCUGAAGAAAACGCUGAAAUUGUUCAUUCAACAAUACGUCCGGCUACAAUAUCACAUCAGACCGAGGUCCAUCCUGAAUUACGUUCCCGCGUUACGUCACAGCCUAAGACGAGCAAUGACGUCAUUGCGGGAAGCACGAAUGUAGUGGGACACUAUGAACAUACACAUUUUGUUAAUCCACUGCCGUCCCCUCUUCCCUCAGGAUACAAACCAAAUUUAGCAGUUGUUGACAAUUCUACAGGCAGUACCUCCCUAGCGUGAAAACAUGCUGUCAAAUAGUCUCAGCUAUGACCAAUGGUUAUUUAAUGUGGGACGGAGCCUUGCAGAAUGGAAAUUUUUGAAAGAUUUGCUACCAACGUGAACACACCAAUGUAUGUAGCAAUGUAUAAUGGGAAAAACAACAACUGUCAACAGUCUAACAAUAUAUCCAUCACAGACACAUAUAUAAUAGAAGAGGUCCUCCCCGAAAUAUGGUAUGAUUGAAUUGUGUACGUACGAAAUGUACACUACAUACAACAUAAUGUGAACAUACAAGAGAAUGCAAGAACAAUUUGUGGUAUUCCACCAAAAAGGAAUAAAAUUGGUCUCGAAUACAUAUUUCAUGCAAUAAAUGAGCUAACAACUUAUGAACCAAAUAAUGAAUAACAUAAGAAACAUUUCCAAGCAGACUUUAUUGAACGCUUCCGUCAACUAAUAACUAUGAACUAAUUUCUUUAGCGAGAACAAUUGGCAAAAACGAAAAAGUAUAAAGUAAAAGCUAACGAAUGUCAAAUAUGACAAAAAUGACGUGAACCAUAAAGUAAUUAUCGUAUUAUGCCUUAGGGUGGUAACAAGACAGUGUCAAUGACAUGCAUUACUCCAUUGUAAGCAAUAAUAUUAGCUUGGAUCAGUGUUGUGUUUUUGUUAAAUACCACUUUCGUUCCGCUUGCUGUGACACUGAUAUCCUCACCUUCAUACGUUGUUACUGAGCCAGUCUCGAAACCAGCUAAACAAGUUAUCGUUUCCAGUAUAUGAUACUCAAGGACGUCAACUAAGAACUGGUGGUUAUCAUUCAUUUUCUCUACCACGUCGUGUGCCAGUUUUCCAAAUGCAUCAUCAUUUGGUACAAGCACUAAAUAAAUACAUAAAGCGAG